AUGAUGCCCGAAGAAGUUGAGGAAGAAUUACUUUCUGUAACCAUACUGGAGGCUGGUCCGUAUUUGGGCAUGAAGAUUUGGAAGACCAAAAGAUACCGAGUGCUUUUCAUUCACAAAUACAGUGGUGGAGUGAUUCUUGAUUCUGCAAUUCUUAUCGGUACAUUUUAUUUCUCGAUCACUGCGACGAUGAUAUAUUUUCAACACCUAUCAGAAGGAUUACCGGAGCCAAGAAUCGAUUUGAAGUAUGUUGGGAUUAUUGUGUUCUUGUUGGGAAUAAGUGGUAACUUGUAUCACCAUUACCUGCUUUCAAAAAUGAGAAAAGAUGGAGAAAAACAAUACAAGAUUCCUAAGGGAGGUUUAUUUGAUAAAGUAGUGUGCCCACAUUAUCUGUUUGAGAUAAUAACAUUUUGGGGGAUUUUUCUAAUUUCUCAAAAUUUGUAUGCAUUAUUUUGUGCUUUAGGUAUAAGUUUUUACUUGAUGGGAAGGAGUUAUGCUACUAGGAAAUGGUACCUCUCCAAAUUUGACAUUUUCCCACAAGAUGUAAAGGCUGUCUUUCCAUAUGUUUUCUAGAAAAAUAUAAUUGUUAUUUAAGUUUCACAAAAUUUCGAUGU